UAUCCCGAAAUCCUCUUUGUUACCGAUUUGCGCUCUGCUUUCUGAUUAACAAUACCAAGUUUGAUAGCUCGCCGACAUCCUACCAUACAUUUUACAAUUUAUACCUUUCUUUAGGUCUGAAUUCGCCGUAAUGUCGUCAGAUAGCUAGCUGAUGAGCGACACUAACGGAUUCGGUGGUAACGUUAGGUGUUGUGAUGUUUUGACCGUGAACCGGAGAUCUCUGCAGGGAUUCGAGUUGUCAGAAGAUGGCCCCCACUAAGAUGAAACUGCGUGUCCGGCGGAGGGAGAGCGGAGGAGCCGGCCAGGAACAGGAAGAAACCUCGAAGGCCUCCUCUCAGUCGGUUUCGGCCGAGGCGUCUCCUGACUCUAAAUGCCCAAUCUGUCUGGACCGCUUCAACAACAUGUCUUAUCUGGACAGGUGCCUCCAUCGCUUCUGCUUCCGAUGCAUACAGGAGUGGAGCAACAACAAGGUGGAGUGCCCUCUGUGUAAGCAGCCGUUCUCCUCCAUCCUUCACUCGAUCAAGGCCCAGGACAACUUUAAAGAGUUCACUCUCAGACCACCGCCUGUUCCUGGAGAGAACGGGACCGCAAUGAUCGCAGCUGCCGAAGCAGCCGCCGUUGCCUUGGUGACCGCCAGGGUAGAUGGUAGUCACGGAGAACGAAGGAGGACGAGGAGAAGAGAGAGGAGACAGUCAGGACGACUGUGGAGAGGGAGGGGCCUCUCUUCUGCUCCUCCUCUCCCCCCUCUUCAUCCUCCUCUUCUACCCAGGCCUGAGGAUGGAGGGAUGAGAGGAGAGAUGGAUGGAGAGGACCCGGGGGUCAUCUUUGAUGGGCUGACAGGUGCGUCCGCCCCCCCACCUCACGAUCGAGGGGUGCAGCGUCUCAUGGUGCGUCUGGCUGCUAGGCGACGGUCCCAGAGAGAGGGGCGCUCCGUAAGACUGCUCCGACCACGGGAGAUGCUUUCUUUCCGCCGGGCGCUCUACCGCAGUGGCGUACGUGUCAGGAACGCCCGCGGGGGCUGCGAGAGGCCCCGUGACAUCACUGCGGCGUUUUACCAGCGGAACCCGGUGGCGCUCCAUAGACUCCUCCCCUGGUUACAGCGGGAGCUGACGGUGCUGUACGGCGCCCAUGGCUCAUUGGUCAACAUCGUCCAACGCAUCAUCACCUCGCGAAUCGCACGUCACGACAUGGAGGGAGGGGGUGGGGCCAUCCAGGACGAACUCCGUCCCUUCCUGCUGGCGAGGACUGAUCACUUCCUUCACGAGCUUAUCAGUUUUGCGCGUUCCCCUCUCAGUAUGGAAGUGUAUGACCAGCUGUCCAUCUACGACCCUCCAGCGCCGUCCUACGAGGACAGGAUGACAUCAUCAUCUAGCGACACUGACGACUCUGUCAUCGCCAUCUCGGAUGAAGAGGAAGAGGAAGGAGGGUCGGAGGGAGAACGAGAGAGACGGCCGGUGUCGGUAGCAGGAAGUAACGCUCUGAGCCAAUCUGCUUGGGACGAUGAAACACCAGGACCCUCCUACUCUACAGCUGAGCCGUCCCAAUCCCCCAUGCCGCUGUCGAUCAGCCCAGGGGGGCGGGACUCUGGCCCAGCGGGGGCUAAUCAGAAUCCUGCUCAGGACAUGACAGCGGCAGGAGAUGGAGAGAGGGUUGAGGAGGGAGGAGAGGAAGAGGAGGGGGAACAAUGUAUGAUAGUAGGGUUUGUAAAAGCCAUGGCUGAGAGAACUCCUGAACUGGUCCAACUCUCCUCUGACCCCUCAGACGAAGAGGGGGAGAAACAGGAGAAGUCUGUUCAACAAACAGCGUUAACCCCUCUCUCUCUCGUUAUCUCUCCCCUCUCCAUUCCAGUUCCCCCCAUCUCUCUGUUUAAAAACACCAGCACAGAG